UCGCGCACAAGAUAUUCGUUUUGUGACAGAAACUCGUAUGACGGCGAAAAAGAGGAAAAGUUAGGGCGAAGCAAGGCGACUGCAAAAAUGAACACAUCUCUGAUAAUAGGCUUAGUGUGCUUUCUUGCUAAUUUUAGCUUGGGAUCAACCCUUCAGUGCUAUAAAUGCAUGGAUUACUCUGGACGCUGUUCAGAUGUCCAGGACUGCUCCUAUCAGGAUGCCUGCCUGUCACUAAAUGAAAGGGGAGGGAAGACCAUCCGUAAGUGCAUCAGGUACACAGAUUGUGACAACGCCCGGCUGACUCAGAUGUUUCCUUCAGUGUCUGGUUUCACAUACAGGUGCUGCAGCUCUAACCUGUGCAAUGCCAGUCCUGGUACCAUGAUUAGCAGGUCUUUCCUGGGCUUGCUGGCACCACUUCUUGUAUUUUGGUGCUCCCUGAUUUGAAAUAUUGGAUCAGACAACACAAAGUAAAUGAAUUAACCAUAGCAUCAUAUUUCAGGGGAAAGAAAAAGAGAAGUGGCAAGUAACUGCACAAUUGAAUUAAUGCGCUGAUGCCAUGGAAUUUAAUUCAUUUUCAAAAAGCACUUAUUUAAUAGCACUUUCCAGGUGUGAAAAUUGAAGGAUGUAAUACAGUUCUUGAUGAAAUGGAGGCUUACAUAAAUAAUAAGGUUUUUGCAUUUCGUAAUACUGAGAGACAGAUAUGAAACUUGGUGGAGAGUUAAGUGCGUAGUGAAGGCACAAAGUGGCUUUUAUUUUUUUUUAUUUUAACAAAAAGCUAAAGACCAAGAAAAUUCUGGUAAAAAUAAUAUUAAUGUUAAGCAGUAAUGUGAUUGGACUGUUUGAUCAAUAUUAUAUGAUUUGAAAUACAUCGAUAUGUGGUUAUUUAGCUAUUUUGUAUGUGUUUAACCCCAUUUUAUUCUCAGUUUGGAAUUAUAUACAGUGGGCUCCAGAAUUAUUGGCACUCUUCAUAAAAAUGAAGAAAAAAAGCUGCAUAUAAUAAAUUACACAGAUAAUAAUCUAUAUGUUAUGUUCAAACAUA